AGGAGGGUGCCCGCCCGCCGCCCGCCGCCCGCCGCCGCCGACUAGUGUUAGUGUCUUGCCAGCCACGGGGAGGGAAAGUCGCCAGCCCGCUCCCUCUCUGUCGCCGACGACGACCAUGCCCUCCGCCGAGUACGCGACGACGAGUCGGGACUGAGCCGAAUGCCAGUGUGCAAGUGAACCGAACCGCAACGACCAAACGCGUCUCAUCAUCGCCAGUGGAUAACUACAGUGCAUCGGACCGACGAGCCAGUUUUUAUUUAACUACUCUUCAAGUUGUUUUUAUUAUUCUUCUGACCACGGACUUUCGUCAACAUCUCGACGCCAUGGCUCUGUCUAUGUACCAGGAUACGACGCCCACUACCGGCGCCGGCGCGAUGAAGCCUCGCGACAGCCCCAUGGAGUUCAGCCUCGGCCCCGGCCUCGGGUCCCCCGGGGGCCUUGCCUCGCUGGGCGGCCCCGGCGGCCUCCAGGGCGGCCUGCCCCAGGGCCUCCACCCGCUGCUCGCGGCGCAGUCGUCGCUCAUGUCGCUGGGCCUGCCUGGCCUCCCCCAGGGCCUGCCGCCGGGCCUGCCCUCCGGCCUGCCGCAGGGCCUCCACCAGGGCCUCAGCUCCAGCCUGCUCGCCGCCGGCCUCUUCCCGCCGCUGUUCGGCUGGCCCGCGUCGCCGCAGUCGCCGCCGCCCGCGCUCGGCGCCAACAACAACCUCAACGGCAGCAAGCAGCUCAAGGCGGCCAGCAGGAAGCGGCCCAUGAACAACAACAAUACGAGCACAAACAACAACAAUGAGGUGACGAGCACGAGCAGCAUCAAGAGGACGGCGGCCGCGGCGCGCAAGAGGCCCGCGCCCAGGAGGGCGUCCCCCGAGUCCCCCGACCUCACCGCCGUGUCCGUGCUGCCGCCGCCGCCACCGCCGCCGCUCUCGCCGCCGACGUCGGGGUCCUCGCCUCAGAGCAGCGGCAGCGGCGACGCCAAGGCGGAGCAGGCGCUGGGCGCGCUCCAGGGCCGCGACAAGGUGUUCACCUGCCUCGUCUGCAACCGCUCGUUCGGCUACAAGCACGUCCUGCAGAACCACGAGCGCACCCACACCGGCGAGAAGCCGUUCGAGUGCGCGCAGUGCCACAAGCGCUUCACCCGGGACCACCACCUCAAGACCCACAUGCGGCUGCACACGGGCGAGAAGCCCUACCACUGCUCGCACUGCGACCGCCAGUUCGUGCAGGUCGCCAACCUGCGCCGGCACCUGCGGGUGCACACCGGCGAAAAGCCGUACGCCUGCGAGAUGUGCAGCUCGCGCUUCUCCGACUCGAACCAGCUCAAGGCGCACGUCCUCAUCCACAAGGGCGAGAAGCCCUUCUCGUGCGAGCAGUGCGGCGGCCGCUUCAGGCGCCGCCACCACAUGGAGCACCACAAGUGCCUGGGCAGCGCGCCGCUGCCCACCAUCCUGUCCGCGCCCGCGGCUGAGCACCUGCGCGUCGACCGCCAGCAGUACAGCGACGAGGAGGAGCACCCCCUGUUUGGCGCGCACCUCACGCCGCCCAGCAGCGCGAGGAAGGUCCGCGGCCAGGAGCGGCUCAAGCCGUCGUCGGGCCGGACGGGGCCCCUGCACCUGCCCCGACACCCUCGGGCCUCGCCGUCAGACCUCCCCGAGCAGACCGAGCCCGAGGACCUCUCCGUGCGCCGGGACCACCGCGUCGUCAUCAUGCGGGAGCCCAGCCGCAGCCCCGCGACCACGAGCCUGCCCGCCAGCAGCCCGCGGAGCGUGCCCCUCGAGCCCUGGUCCGGCUCGGACCACCUGGACCACGACGCCGUCGAGUACGACGACGAGGAGGAGGAUGACGACGACCUCGUAGACGCCACAUUCCUCAACCAGCGGCAUAGGCAUCAGCUGGCCAAUGUCUGAGCUCAUUUCCUACACAUCGACUUAAAAAGACAAAAAAAUAGUCUUUAUUUUUCCUUUCCCCUUUCCCCCCCUACUUUAGUUUUAAAUUUUGGCCGUCUGGCCGCUCACGACUACGGGUAAAUGCCUUUGGCAUCAGUCACUUAGUUUUAAGUCAAAGUGUAAUGAAUUUUGUUGUUUUAACAAAUAGGUAUUAUCUGUUUCCAAUUUAGAUUUACCAUGUUUGAGGUUCCCUCAUUAUUGUUUUCAUUGGUUAAUUUUUAUUAUUAUGAAUUAUUAUGAAUUAUUAUUAUGAUGAUUAUAACUGUGACUAUCUUCAUUAUUAUGUUCUGGUUGAUGUUCCUGUAUGUUUGCCGUGCCAUACUGACGCGAUGGUUGUGCCCUUGUGAGGUGUUCUCCAGAAGGCUGUUUUAUUAAUGAUUUUUAUUAUCAUUACCAUUUUCAUCGUCCUUUUAUUGUUUGUCGUGUUUUAUUGUAAAAACUGUCACCAGUUUUUAUUCUUUUCUCUCUUUGUGUCUUGUUUGUUGAACAGUGAUAUUAGAGGUAGUAGUCUAUAUGGAAAGAUUUUUUUUUGUUUCGGUGAUCCUGGAUCACGGCGAGCUUGGCCGCGCGCGGCGCGGCGCGGUGUGGUUGUGGAGGCGGACGCGGCCCUUCGGGUCCACUGCUGGUAAGACUGACUAGCAUUCCAAGCAGGGUCUCAGAUUGGUUCGGGAACGACGUGAUGCAUGCCAAAAUAUGUAUAUGUGAUCUCUUCAUGUCAAGACUUCAACCUGCGGGAAACAAUUCUGAGAAUACAUUACUUUUUAGUCUUGCAAUUUAUAUCACAAUGAGAUGGUAAUAAAUAAAAUAUAUGUUCAGCAAAAAAAAAUAA